AUGUCUUCCGCACUAGACGUAGGCCAACCCAAGACUAGUCCAUCCGCGGCUCCCUCCUCGACAACCUCCCCGACCUCCUCCUCCCCCUCGAUCCAGAACUUCCGCCCCCGCGCCGCCAUCCUCGGCGCCGGCAUCUCGGGCCUCUCCGCCUCUGUUUCCCUCCGCCGAGCCGGUUGGUCGUGCACCAUCUUCGAGCGCUCGCUCUUUUCCAACGAGACCGGCGCCGCCAUCACUUUGCCUCCCAACGCCAGCUUGUGUCUCUCGCGAUGGGGCUUCGAUUUCAACAAGGCAGAGCCGGUGCCGAAUUGGAGUAUUCGAUUUGCGAGGGCGGAUACAUUGGAGGUUGUCAAGUCGGAGGAAUAUGAAGGGUUUGGGGAGGAUUUGGGAGUGGGAGGUGAAAAGGGACAUGGGGGCUCUUGGGGCGUUCAUAGGGCAGAUUUACAUUGGGGGUUGAGGGAGUUGGUUGGGGCGCAGAGGGUAAAGGGGGCGAUAUCUAGAAGUAAAGAAAAUACGAAGGAAACGGAGGGGAAAAUAGAUGGGGGGCAUGGGACGAAAAGGAUGGUCGAUGGAGGACCGGUCAGAAUUGAAUUGGGAAGAGAAGUGGUGGGAUUGGACUGCGAAGAAGGGGUGAUUGAGUUCAGGGAUGGAACAAAACUGGAGGGAUGGGAUCUGGUGGUUGUUGCUGACGGUGCUCACUCCAAGCUCCUCCCGUCCAUCCUGCCACCUUCCUCGACACCAUCCUCGUACCUAACACAACCAACCAGCCGCUCAAUCUACCGCUUCCUCCUCCCCCUCACCCCCUCCUCCCCGCUUCUCACCAACCCUUCCCUGCGCCCGCACUUUCUUCCUCACAGCCAAGGCGGCCCCCUUCCCGGCUUUUUGUCAUGGCACGAUCCUAUUAAAGAUGUACUCUGGGUCUCUUACCCCUGCCGCGGCGGACGCGUACUCAACAACGCUAUCGUGCAUGACACGCCGCCGCAACCUAGUGGGGAGGCGGGGGAGUCGUCACCACCGGGUCGGGGUUGGUCGACGGCGGUAGGGAAGGAGGAGGUGCUGAAAGUUUUGAGCGGGUUUCAUGGGGCGGUGAGGGCCUUGGUCGAUUUGGCUUAUGAGGAGGAAGGAGAAGAGAAAGAGGAAGAGGAGAAUGGAAGGGGGACAGGCGAGAAAGGCAUCAAAGUCCAUCACCUCUUCAAAAGACCCGCCUUGAACUCCUUCGUCCGCGGCAAAGCAGUGGUGAUGGGCGACGCGGCGCACGUCAUGAUGCCCACGCAUGCAGCGGGCGGAGCCAUUGCCAUCGAGUCGGCCGCCACAAUGGAAGUCCUCUUUCGCGACUUUCCCUCUGAUCCUCCGCAGCUUGGAGAGUUUGUCAAGCGCCGUCUGAAGCUGUUUGAUCAGCUACGUAUCCCGAGGUGUAACUUGACCAUGUUGGCGUCCAAUGCUGGGCCCCAAUGGCUGAACGUCGAAGGCGUGGAGGAAGAGGUGAGGAGGUAUCACAAGGGGCCGUUGCCGCACAAGGAUACAUUGCCGUGGACCAAGGAGUUUAGGCAAGUGUUGUUUUGUUAUGAUGCGUUUGAGGCGGCGAAGGAGGCGGUCAGGAAAGAAGGGAGGGUAGCCGUGGCGGCUUCCCGUUCUGGGGCAAUGGGCUCGGAGGUGGAGGCUGAGAACAUGUGAAUGGAGAUGUGACCGGGUAAGUUGGCGUGAUGACAUUCUGAUGGGAGUGAGCUAUUGAGCCUCAUGUGAUUGUGAUAGCGGGAUGCUUUACGUAGGUAUCUUGGUAUUCUGGAUACGGAAAUGGCUUCGUCUGUCCCGUCGUUUCAUCCUUC